UUAAAGUUAGGGCUGACAUGUUGGAAAGUUGGGCAACCCCUACAUUGGCUUGUCGAGCAGGAUCUGAUCCCCAGGACUUGUCCCUCUUUUCCUUUCUCUCGUGCAGAAGACUGUGAAAAGUGCAACCAUGGCAAAGAACUGCCACAACGAUCACAAGAUGAAGUUCCCCACGGACGAGGAGUACCCUGACCUGUCCGCUCACAACAACCAUAUGGCCAAGGUGCUGACCAGGGAAAUCUACGACAAGCUGAGGGGCAAGUCUACCCCCAGCGGCUUCACCGUGGAUGACGUCAUCCAGACCGGUGUGGACAACCCCGGACAUCCCUUCAUCAUGACCGUUGGCUGCGUUGCUGGAGACGAGGAGUCCUAUGAGGUCUUCAAGGAUCUGCUGGACCCAAUCAUCUCCGACCGUCACAAUGGCUACAAGCCCACUGACAAGCACAAGACCGACCUGAACUUCGAGAACCUGAAGGGAGGUGACGAUCUGGACCCCGCCUAUGUGCUGUCCAGCCGUGUGCGUACCGGCCGUAGCAUCAAGGGAUUCACCCUGCCCCCCCACAACAGCCGUGGUGAGAGGAGAGCUGUGGAGAAGCUGUCCAUUGAGGCUCUUGCCUCCCUCGACGGUGAGUUCAAGGGCAAGUACUAUCCCCUGAACGGUAUGACUGAUGCCGAGCAGGAUCAGCUGAUCAACGAUCACUUCCUGUUUGACAAGCCCGUGUCUCCCCUGCUGACCUGCGCUGGUAUGGCCCGUGACUGGCCCGACGCAAGAGGCAUUUGGCACAACGACAACAAGACCUUCCUGGUCUGGGUGAAUGAGGAGGAUCAUCUGCGUGUCAUCUCCAUGCAGAAGGGAGGCAACAUGAAGGAGGUCUUCAAGCGCUUCUGCACCGGUCUGACAAAGAUUGAGGCCAUCUUCAAGAAGCACAACCACGGUUUCAUGUGGAACGAGCAUUUGGGAUACGUCCUGACCUGCCCAUCCAAUCUUGGAACUGGCCUGCGCGGUGGUGUCCACGUCAAGCUGCCCAAGCUCAGCACACACGCCAAGUUCGAGGAGAUCCUCACCAGGCUGCGUCUGCAGAAGCGUGGCACAGGUGGUGUGGACACCGCCUCCGUGGGUGGAGUCUUCGACAUCUCCAACGCUGACCGUCUGGGUUCCUCAGAGGUUUAUCAGGUGCAGUUGGUGGUUGAUGGCGUCAAGCUCAUGGUCGAGAUGGAGAAGAAGCUUGAGAAGGGAGAGUCUAUCGAUGACAUGAUCCCUGCUCAGAAGUAAACUGGAAAUACUUUAGUUUAUUCUCAUCUUUUGUAUUUUCGAAAUGUGUUAAUACAUCCGACGCCAUCAGACAAAAGAGAAACCUAAGAAGACUUUUUGGUCUGGUGGGGACAGUUGUAAAACACAACUUUUUUGCUCCACUUCUCUACUCUUCCUAAGAUUCUGUCAGUCCUUUCAUAUUCCUGUACCUCGCUCUUAUGAUUCUUUUUGUACCACCCUGGGAUCAAACUGCUACACAGACGGGACACCCUUGGUUCUGUGUUCACUUAAAAAAAAUCUAUUUGGAUGUAAAGUAAUACAGUGAAAUAAAAGCCCCAUUUACCACA